UCUGACAAGAUGCAAGGGAUUGCUUGAUCUGAAUGCUCAGGAACAAGCUGCCCAGAACACUAAAGGAAAGGAGAAGCUCGAUGAACUUGAAGAACUCUGGAGCUGAGGAAGUUUCGAAGAAGAAGAAGGAAAAACGUUUCAUUUAUGUUUCUGUCUUUCAUUUUUAGUACGCUGUCGUUUAAUGUAGUGGAGGUAGUUUUAUGUUAGACAAAUGGCGGUUCGCCACGUCAGCUUUACCGUUG